CUCACGGCAAACGAGCAUUAAAGUGAAAAGUCCAACACGGUGGUCCUCGAACUACAGAGCAAGUGAAUCCGAAAACUCAAAAACUCGGCAGUUUACCCGCCGUGCCUGAGAAAAGAAAGAACGAUGUCGGCUAGAUUGCUGAAUAAAGUUUUGAAAGAACGAGAGCAACAAAAACAACACGUAAUUGAAGAAGAGGAGCAACUAAAUGGCGGCGAAUCAGAGUCGCCGGAUUCCGGUGCUCGUUCUUCAGUGAAUCCCUUCGACCUUCUCAACGAAGGUGACGACGAGGACGAGGGUAAUCCUGACCAGAUGGAUGCACCGGAAGUUGCUGAUGAAACCUUGACCAGAAAAGAAGAACCACCUUCAUUGAGAGGUACUGCCAAUGUAGUUUCGAGGUCUAAUAACAAAUCAAAGAAAAAGAAGAAAAAGAAAAGCAAAGAGGUUUCAUCAAGUAUGGAUAAACAUGAAACGCCCUUGGAUGUGACUUUAGAUGCUUUAUCUUUGGAUGGUAGUUCUUCUGGUCAUCAGUUGGGUUCUAAUAAACCCAUAUCAGAAAAUGCUAAAGAUUCUGGUGAUUUGGUUAAACAGUAUACAACGUCUAUACUACAAGUGGAUCCUAAGUAUCUAAAUGUUGAAAAUGAGCUGCGGAGAAUAUUUGGUUCUAAGGUGGUCAAAUCAUUUGAGAAAAGCAAUCAAAGCAGCACUUCCAGACAGGUACGUGGUGGAAGACGGGGAAGCCAUCAUAUUAGGAAGACUGUUAUGAUAUCUCCAUCAGACCAUUGGCCUCGCUGGGAUGGAUCUCUGUCGAUGGAAUUUCUGGAAACUAAGGAUGGGUAUCAUUACUUUAGAUAUGCACACUCGUCUUCCUAUGAUCAAGCUCAAAGAGCAUUUGAAGCUGCUCAAGCUAUUCAUGACCUGAAUGGCGUAGCUAGUGUUCUGUUGUAUCAUCCUUAUCACUUAGAUUCUCUUAUAACCAUGGCAGAUUAUUUUAAAUUUGUGGGUGAGCAUCAGAUGUCUGCAGAUGCUAUUGCAAAGUGUUUAUAUGCCUUGGAAUGUGCGUGGCAUCCUAUGUUCACUCCCUUGCAAGGUAAUUGCCAAUUGAAGUUCAGUCAUGACACGAACAAGCCAAUAUUCAAAGCUCUUUUCACUCACAUGAAAAACAUGGAUAGGCGGGGCUGUCAUCGAUCUGCUCUAGAAGUUUGUAAAUUGUUGCUUGCACUUGAUUCAGAUGACCCAAUGGGAGCUAUGUUCUGUCUUGACUACUUUGCUUUGAGGGCAGGGGAGUAUGCAUGGUUGGAACAGUACUCUGAAGACUAUAGAAGUGAUAGCUCCUUAUGGUUGUUCCCAAAUUUUUCAUACUCCCUUGCUGUUUGCCGAUUUUAUCUUGAGCAAGAGGAAUCCUCCCAUAAUACUUGUGUGGAUGCCUCAAAGGCUUUUUCAGCUGAUCUUAUGAAUCAGGCUUUGAUGCUUCAUCCAUCGGUCCUUAAGAAACUAGUAGCCAAGGUGCCUUUAAAAGAUCAGGCAUGGACAAAUAUACUCAAAAAUUCCUUUUUCAAUUCAGAUCAAAUAGGGAUCCCAUCUCUGGAUCACCUGAUUAAUAUUUAUGUGGAAAGAAAUUAUCUAAUAUGGAGGCUUCCUGAUCUGCAAAAGUUACUUCGAAAUGGUGCCCUCCUUGUUAUUGAAACACUAGGACAUAAUAAAAGUGAUGCUAAAGAUUGGGCUUGCGUGAGGAAAGAAGCAUUCUCAUCUGACAAAAACGAGUAUGGUCAUUUGUUGGUUCAGGAGUUCUCUGACACAGUGCAAACUCUUCCACCUGAUAAUCUGCAAAACUUUAUGGUUGACAUGAGGGAAGCUGCACAGAUUGGGGGUCAGGUUGCCAAUCCACCUGCUGGCGGUCAUGCUCCUGCAGCACGUGAUGUUGCAAAUCGCAAUCCAUUAGCCGUCCUGUUUGAGUCGUUGCUACCAUGGGUUAAUUAUGGAGAUGCAGGAGAUGGCAUAGUUGAUGAAAACCAAGUUAAUGGGCAAGGUCAAGACGAUGAAGAUCACUGAGUUGCAAUGUAUUAAGGGUUGACAGAAAGCUCUUAGGAAAAAUAAGCCAGUUUUCAAUAAUUUCUCGGACACAUAUAUCAGUUCCAUGUGUAGAAGUCAAUUUUUUUACUGUUCAGCCAGGAAGAGGUUCUUGCGUGUACAAAGAUUUUUGUGGGGAAUCAAAGCCAACUCUGUUAGUUGUCUUGUCAA